UCCAGAAGAGUUCGGGAGGUUGUUCAGACUGAAGACUCUCAUCCUCUUCAACAAUGAACUCGGAGGGGAGAUACCACGAAAUUUGUCAUCUUGUGUAGGUAUGCAGUACCUCGAUCUGGCGGUACAAUCGUCUCAGUGGGAGGAUACCUGACGAGUUUCGGUAUUUAGUUGAGAGAGAACUCACAAUUUUUGGGGUCACGGAGAACGAUCUUAUUGGGGAAAUUCCAAGUUGGUUGGGGAAUGGAUCUUCACUUACAGAGUUACGUAUGGGGAAAAAUGACCUAAGAGGUCGAAUUCCGGCCGAGCUCGGGAGCAUCUCAAAAUUAGAAACCCUCAGUUUAGAUCAUAUGAAUCUAACAGGACGGAUCCCCUCUUCUAUAUACAAUCUUACGUCACUUGUCUACCUUGAUGUAACGGGCAACAGCCUACACGGUGAAAUCCCACCAGAAAUUGGCAACUAUCUUCCACAUCUCCGGGGGCUUUACCUUUCAGACAAUCGAUUUUCAGGGCAAGCACCGCAUUCGCUGCCUAACGCUACUGGACUUGAAGAGCUUGUUCUCACUUCUAAUAGCUUUACGGGGAGUGUGCCUGCCAAUCUUGGAAACUUGAGGAAUCUUACAAAGAUUAGUUUUAGCGAUAACCAAUUACAGACAGGACCUGACGGCUUAAGUUUCCUCACCGAUUUUACCAACUGCACUAAACUAAAAGCGUUAGAUUUCGGCUUCAACAAAUUCAUAGGAGAAAUACCUGCUUCUAUUGCCAAUUUAACGAAUACCCUUCAGAUCUUAGUCCUGGGAUCAAACCGGAUCAUAGGUAAUAUCCCUCCAGAAAUCGAGAAGCUGAAUGGCCUACAGGUCUUGGCGUUAUACGACAACAACAUCAGCGGUGAGAUUCCCCAUGGUAUUGGUAAUCUCCAAAAUUUGACCUAUCUUAUGCUUUGGGGUAAUUGGAUUUCAGGGGCAAUUCCUUCCUCUCUUGGAAACCUCACCCAAUUGCUUCACCUGCAGCUUAGAAACAAUCAAUUAGAAGGUGAUAUUCCUCCAAGUCUCGGAUGGUGUCGACAAUUGCUAGGACUAGCACUGUCAGAUAACAACCUUAACGGUACAAUCCCCAAAGAGGUCAUCGGCCUUUCUUCUUUGGCCCCCUAUUUCGGAGUUGCUCGAAAUUCCUUAACGGGGCCAUUACCCCUUGAAGUGGGUAACAUGAGCCGAAUUGUGCAUGUCGACCUCUCUGACAACAGGCUGACUGGAGAAAUACCAAGCACUUUGUCCCAGUGUCUGAUGCUGCUAAGCUUGAACAUGGCAGGCAAUUUAUUUGAAGGAAGUAUACCGCCCUCUAUACGGACCCUGAUUGGUCUUUUGUACCUCAAUCUCUCGACAAACAGAUUGUCCGGUCAAAUUCCCAUCUAUUUCGAGAAUUUUACUGUGCUCGAAGUAUUGGAUCUGUCCUUCAAUAGCCUUGAAGGAGAGGUACCGCAGGAGGGGAUUUUCAGAGAUACAAAGAACAUGUCGAUAAUUGGAAACAAAGAACUAUGUGGGGGCAUCAAGGAACUUGGACUUCCCGCAUGCAAAGUCCAGGACACGAAGAAGCGGAGGAAGCUUCCAAAACUGAAAUUAUCUAUUGCGGUAACUGUCUCGUUUUUAAUCAUGUUGACAUGCUUCAUUGUUGUUGUGUACUGGAGGAGGAAAUCUACGACGAGACCUAGCACUGCAUUACCAACAGAUGAGCGCUUCCGAAAGGUCUCCUAUGCAAAGCUCCGCCAAGUGACUGAUGAGUUCUCGCCAUCUAAUUUAAUUGGCCAAGGGAGCCAUGGCUCUGUGUAUAGAGGAAUGCUAGAUGGAAAUCGACCGGUGGCAGUGAAAGUGCUCAACCUAAAACAAAAGGGGGCUUUUAAGAGCUUCUUGGCAGAAUGUGAAGCGCUAAGAAACAUACGCCACCGAAAUCUUGUCAACAUCAUCACUGUUUGCUCGAGCAUCGAUUUCACUGGCGCAGAAUUUAAGGCUCUAGUCUACGACCUAAUGCAAAAUGGUAGUUUAGAACGGUGGUUGCACCCCAGUGAAAAUCAGGUCGACAUGCCAAAGCUCAGUCUUAGCCAGAGGUUAGACGUUGCCAUUGAUGCGGCUUCUGCCAUUGAAUAUCUUCACCACCAUUGCCAGACGAGCAUCGUACACGGUGAUCUAAAGCCAAGCAACGUUCUUCUUGAUCACGACAUGGUAGCUCGAGUGUGUGAUUUUGGGCUAGCGCGAUUUCUUCGCGGAAGCACAAACUUAGAUGCUUCUCAAUGUCAAGCAAGCUCUAGUGGGUUGAAAGGAACCAUUGGCUAUGUAGCUCCAGAAUAUGGCCUCGGCGGUUCUUCAUCGUUGGAGGGAGAUGUGUACAGCUUCGGGAUACUGUUGCUCGAGAUGUUCACUGGAAUAAGGCCUACUGAUGUUAUGUUCACGGAUGGAUGGACCCUCCAUGAAUUCGUCAAGACUGCUCAGCACAAAAGCUUGUUGAAGAUCCUAGACCCUUCACUGCUAUCUGCGGAGUAUCCUGCAGGGAUGGGCGAUGGCCAAAUUAGUGAUGCCGACAAGGUAAGAUUUGAGGAAAACGUUGCUGACAUAAUGAGAAUCGGAGUCCUCUGCUCGGUGAAACUUCCAAUUGAGCGCAUGGACAUGACGAAUGCAUUAUCCGAGUUACGUGCCGUCAGAGAGAAGUUUCCCAGGCAUGGCAUGUAAGAUUAGGAAGAGGAUUUAACUUCUCCUGUUGCAUUUCCGAUUCCUUUUCAGUUACUUCCCAGUGUCUAAAUGUAAAUGUAAAAUGCAAGUCUACUGCUUCAUGUAUGUGAGAGGCAAAGAGUUUGCUAUCUCUAUAUCCUUAAGCCAAAUAAACGCCUUUCUCUUUCAACU